UGAAAUUAAUGAAAAUUGCUGUCAAAGGCAAAAGUUUCUAGGGUGUGUAUCGUCUCAAUUUUUAUUCACGUUGAAUUCAUUCAUUAAAAAGAAGGAAGUCAUAUUAUUUCCCACAAAGGCGCUGCAGCUUUUCAAGAAAAAUUAACAACUCUCCACAUCCAAAUCUAAAACUUAAAAUAAUAAAAUAAAAUUUUAGUUAGUCCUCCAUAUUGCCACCAACACAACCAUUACCAUCUAUAUCACCAUUCAACAACACCUUCACACAUUCAACAAGCCCUUUAUGCACUUGCAAAACGUUAACGUUUAAAAUUUGCAACACUUACUCGUAUACCCACCUAGCAACCUAGAAAAAAUUGCUAUUUCUUUACCAACGGCAUCUAUUGUGCAAAUUUUCAACCAUAGGCCUAUCCGAGACAGCCGUUAUGGACGUAAUGUCAUCCUCACUGCAACAACAACGUAUUGUCGUCGAUCAGUUGCGCCGCGAGGCGGCCAUCGUUCGUCAACCCAUCUCCGAGUCCUGUGCUCAGAUGAUCAAAUACAUCACAGAGCACGAGCAGGAGGAUUACCUAUUGACUGGUUUCUCCAGCCAAAAGGUUAAUCCUUUCCGUGAGAAGUCCUCCUGCACCGUACUUUAAACUGUUUACAACAACAACUAACAUUCACACCUAAAAAGCCAGUCGUCGUUGCCAAUAUUGAGGUGUGAGUAGUGUGCAAAAGCAGAGGAAAUUUGGCGAGUUUGGAGUUUUCUUUUGGCAGUUUAAUGGUUACAGUUUCGUAAGUGUGUAUGGAUGUGUAUGCAGUGGAGAUGCAAAGCCGGCUAGCAGACAACAAAGAUACCAAACUAACUGCGAUUGUGAGCAGGGAUUUUGCGAAAUGGUGAACGAUGGGGUAACGAACGCGUACGAUUUGAAUUUGAACAAUAUCUCAAGUACUGUGGGACAAUUAAGUGCACAUAUUAAAAUGCAAACGAAAUAGUUAAAGCAAAUAAAAACAUACAUAUAUAUCUACUUAUACACUCUCAGAUAUGAUAUGCACGUUAGCAUUUGAUGAUGAAUUAUAUACAACACAUCCGUACAUAUUAUAUACAGACAUAUAUAUUUACCUACUAUUUGUAAACAAAAACUGAAUAUGAUGAUGCGUUCGAAGCAAGUGUGGCAGUAAAAAAAACCUAUAGACUAGCGAAUUAAAGACCACCACUUAACAAAACCACCAUAAUAAGUUAUAAUAAAACCAUGUAACGAACUCAUACAUUUCCAAAAACCGUAUUACGCCAAAGUGACUCACUACUUUCCUGUAUUAAACACAGCUACACAGGAAGACAGACUUGUAGGCGAAAAAAUGCCAUUCGUGCAUAUUUACAAAAACUAAAAACAAAAACACAAUUACACUUUAUAUACAUAUAUACUACAUAGCUAUGUAAAUCACAUAAUUUAUAAAAUACUGCAUAAAUAAUACUUAUACUUUUUUGAACGAAAUUAUUCCAAAUAAAGAAAACCUCCUUAUUGGCAAAACAACUACCAACAAAACAAA